AUGAAGUUUCCGGCUGUUUACGUAGCUCUCGCCGUAUUCUCGGCGCAAUUUGCACUUGCCAACAAUGCCUCCAUCGAAACCACGGGACAGGCGGCCGCUCCUAUAGCUUUCGUUAUAAACUGCGGUGGGAGCGGCACCACGAAGGGUGCUGGAGAAACAUGCAACACAAUGUGCUACGGUAUCAACUGCAAAUUCAACACUAAGAUCUACAAUUACGACAACCCGUCAGACUCUACCAAGAAAACUCGGCGCACACGUGCAGGCUGUACAAAUGGCAAAGGGAAAAACAAGAAUCCUUGCAAGGGUAACAAGAAUGGGGACUCAUGCGACGAGUUCCCCUUCGCUUCAACUAAAGAGGCCGACACGAAACAGCAAUUCUAUCGAUGUGUGUCUGCCAACGAUAAUUCGAGCCAGGGCGGCCAGUUAGGAAACCUCUACAAGAACAAGUGCGGAAAGAAGUCCUGUGAGUUCCAGCUUGGCUUCAGCAAUGAAUCCAACUUCCAGUACUGUAAGCCAAAACCGUCGUGUAAGAGCGAUGGAAACCUCUUCACGAAGGGGAACAAGCCGCUCAAGCGCGACCUCGAGGGCGAUGAGGAGAUCACCGUUAAGCCCCGGUCCACUGGGGGUUAUUACAGGCUGCGUAGUGGAGAGACAUUUUAUUCCCCCAGCGACUUCGAGAUCGGCACCCGAGCUGUUUACCACAACUUCAACAAGACCGUUGUAGCUGACCUAGAUGCUCGCGAUCUUAACGACGAAGAUUAUUUCAAUGCCUUGGAGAUAGUUGAGGAUGAGAUUAUCGAAAAGCUUUGA